AAUGAGUUGUUAGGAAGUUUCACCGACGCAGUUACACGAGUUUUGAGUCUCUUCUUCACUGAAAUAUUUUUACCACCCAGUUUUUGUUCUGACAAAGUGCGUCUUGGUUUUAACCAAAGCAAAGGUAAGAAUCCCAUCAUUCCUUCUGAAUGAAUGAUGAUUGGAGAGCAAGCCAAGUCUCUUAUUGUCGACUUGUGUAGGCAGUUUUAUACACUUGGAUGGGUUUCAGGAACUGGAGGUGGAAUAAGUAUUAAAGAAGAUGGGAGAAUUUAUAUGGCACCCAGCGGAGUACAGAAGGAGAGACUUCAUAUUGAAGACAUUUUUGUAUUAGACGAACAGGGCCGUAUCUUAGAGAUGCCUCAAGUUGGAAAGAUGCUGAAACUCUCAGCUUGUGCUCCUCUGUUUAUGAAAGCUUAUGAACUAAGAGGAGCAGGUGCAGUUAUUCACAGUCACAGUAUUAAUGCUGUUUUGGCGUCUUUGAUAUCGGAAGAAGAAGAGUUUCGUAUUUCGCACAUGGAGAUGAUCAAAGGCAUCCGGGGCAUGGGUUAUCACAAUACACUUAUAGUACCCAUAAUAAAGAAUACAGCGUAUGAAGGUGACUUAACGGUUUCCUUAGAGGAAGCUAUGUUGAAAUAUCCCUCUACUUUUGCGGUUCUCGUUGAGAGACACGGCGUCUAUGUUUGGGGAAAGGAUUGGAAGGAAGCAAAAACGCACGCAGAGUGCUAUGACUACUUAUUUCAAGUAGUAAUAGAGUUGCGAAAACUUGGAGCUCCUUCGAAGUCGUUUACUUGUUGCAUCGCAAACAAUCAUACCUAAGGGCUUUCAUAUGAUAGUAACGAGCAAGUUAUCUAGAAG